GUAGCGCGACCUGGUGUGAGAUAACAGCAUCGCGCUGUUACUUAGCCUUGAGAUCUCAAUGAACUGUUUGCGAAGAAUGCACUGAUCCUGCCUGCAGCCUUUUUGCAGGGCAGAGGCACCGAUCAGUGUUUAAAGAUCACAUUUGAUUUCUUAUGAGAUCUUCAUUUUCAUAUACUUUUAAUACUGUUUUUAAAUAAUUUCGUACAACCAUGGUGCUAGGAAAGGUGAAAAGCUUCACCGUGAGCUACGACUGUCUCAAUGACAGCAACAUCCCCCUUUUCUCAAGUGGGGAUUCGGUCUCAGGAAGGGUGAUCAUUGAAGUCACUGGAGAAAUCCGUGUGAAAUCUCUCAAAAUUCACGCAAAAGGAUUUGCAAAAGUUCGUUGGACUGAAUCACGCAAUGCUGGAUCCAACACUGCCUAUACUCAAAAUUACACAGAAGAAGUGGAAUACUUAAACCAUAGAGACAUCUUAAUUGGACAUGAAAGAGAUGAGGAUAAUUCAGAAGAGAGCCUCACUACUAUCCAGUCAGGAAGACACGAGUAUGCAUUUAGUUUUGAGCUUCCACAAACACCUCUAGCUACCUCCUUUGAAGGGAAGCAUGGCAGCGUGAGGUACUGGGUGAAAGCGGAACUGCACCGGCCGUGGCUCCUCCCCAUGAAAGUCAAGAAAGAGUUCACAGUCUUUGAACACAUCGACAUCAACACUCCUUUAUUGCUGUCACCACAGGCGGGAACGAAAGACAAGACUUUGUGUUGCUGGUUCUGUACCUCAGGCCCCAUCUCCUUAAGUGCCAAAAUUGAAAGGAAGGGCUACACCCCAGGAGAAUCGAUUCAGAUCUUUGCCGAGAUCGAAAACUGCUCAUCCCGCAUGGUUGUGCCAAAGGCGGCUGUCUACCAAACCCAGACCUUCUACGCCAAAGGGAAAAUGAAGGAGGUCAAGCAACUCGUCGCCAACCUGCGGGGGGAGUCUCUAUCAUCUGGCAAAACAGAGACGUGGAACGGGAAGAUGCUGAAGAUCCCCCCGGUGUCGCCCUCCAUCCUGGACUGCAGCAUCAUCCACGUGGAGUACUCCCUGAUGGUAUACGUGGACAUCCCAGGAGCCAUGAACCUGUCCCUCAACCUGCCGCUGGUCAUCGGCACCAUCCCCCUCCACCCGUUCGGCAGCCGCACCUCCUCCGUCAGCAGCCAGUGCAGCAUGACAAUGAACUGGCUGGGCCUGGCCCUGCCAGAGAGACCUGAAGCACCGCCAAGCUAUGCAGAGAUUGUCACUGAGGAGCGGGGAGUGGGCAACCUGGAGGUACCAGCAGCGCGGGAUGACUUCGAGGGACCGCUCUUUGCCUAUAUCCAUGAGUUCCGCUUCCAGCCCCCUCCACUCUACUCCGAGAUCGAUCCAAAUCCAGAUCAAGUUAACGGAACCGAAGAAGGGCGGCCCGACACCUGUCCCUCACGCUGAAGGAAACACAACUUGCUGCCCAGAGCAGUCGGGCGUCUUGUUUCAUUUUCGUACAGUUUCUUUUUCCACAGCGGAAUCCUCUCCUUCGCUGUGGACGAGAGAAAACAAAAGUAGAAACAAAUGUCAAACGAGAUGAGGUCGGAACCACCACCCCCCCCUUCCCUACACAGAGACCCGCAGGAUGUCACAGGCAGUUCACUUCCUGUCUUACAGGUGGGGUAACCACAAAUCCUACCGGCAUGAGACACAGCAGACAGAUGUAGAGACGCCGCAAUUUUGCUUGCCUAGAGGUUUUUUUUUCCCCCUCAGCUUUUUCAAAACCUGUGGCACAUAAAUGACUCUGUUAUGGAGCGAAACAGCCAUGUGGAGAGUGGAGUGGAAAAGGUGGAUGGAAAAAAAGAUGAUGUAACAAACUUCUGUGGUGCUUAGCAGAAGUCAGCAAUGGAAACAAGGCUGGUGUCCUCCAUGCCCCAUGUUGGAUUUUGCACAUAUAAUUUGUUGCUUGUGUUGUGUUUUCCUUAAAAAAAAAAAACACUACUUUUUUUCUCCUUGCUACGCUUAUGUGCAGGGCUAAGACUGCAGGCUAUACUCCUAAACUCCUUUUCCGUACAACUCCAUGAACAACGCAGAGAACAGGAUCGAAGGAAAAGCAACUGAUAUGACCGGGUGAAAUCUGUUCUGACCUUAGGGAAGCUGUUCAUAUCAUUUUGUUCUGUUGUCCCCAUUCUUGUUGUGGCAUUUCCUUAAUGCCAGGUAGCCUGUUGUCACGUUCCUCAGGCUCUCUGGACACUUGACACAUUAGUGCAAGAGCGUGGCUUCCUUUUUUUUUUAACAAUCUUUGUUCAAAAAGAAGUUGCCUUCUUGUCAACUUCUGCAAAGAGCACAGCAGCUCCUCAAGGGGAACAGCUGUGCAAACCAGUGGAAUUAGGAGUACACUGAGAGAGUGGGAGGGGCUUGGUCAGAUGGAAGUGGCUUCACGCUACAGACUCCCACCGCUCUUUGGCUUCCUGCUGAUGCCCCAGAGCGCGGUGCUUUGUUACACGCUGCCUGAAGGCACUCCAUCUCAGGUGGUCCCCUCGCUUGCCAAAUGGCUGGAGGAAAGAAAAAAUGCCCUUCUGUUUUGUUUCAGUUGCACUAUUUGUAAUGCCGAAAGAAAAGACAAACUAACAAAAAGAAGAGUCAUGCACAAGCAAGGAGAUGCAAGGCAGCUCAUAGCGAUGAGCAACAGUCCCGAUUCGGCAGUGUGGUGUACGGGUCGGCAGUGUGGUGUAGCUGGCAUUGAGUUGGGCUCAUAAUUGAACAUUUGCUGGUUCGAUUCCCCACUGGGGCACUGCUGUUGUACCUUUGGGCAAGGUACUUAACCCAAAAUUGCCUCAGUAAAUAUCCAGCUAAAUGGAUAAUAUGUAGAAAACUCACCUAUGUCAGUCCCUCUGAAUAAGAGCGUCUGCUAAGUAAUGUAAUGAUUCAUCCCCACUGCUCCUGUGUGACCCUGUUUGCCAUUUUUCUCCAGUCUAGUGCAGCGAGAAGGGCGAGAGUUUGACCGUAGCCAGAGAUGUCAAUUCUGUGGAAAGGCUAUAAGGUAGCAUCAAAUCAAGCGAUGAUAUACCACAAUCCAGACUUCCCAGAACAAGAAGACAGGUGUGAAUGAAUGAGUAAUACAUUUGUUUCUGAACUCAUUCAAAGGUGAAAAAAGAGAAGUCAGUUUCCAGAUAAAGCAGGCCUCUCACCUGGAUUAGCACUUUUGUAUUACAUAAAUGGUGAAGGUCUUGCAAAAAAGAAAUGGUAGACAAAAAAAAUCUCAUUAAUCAAGCAGGGUUGAAAAGAAAUGCAUUUAUUACCCAGAUAAAGAGAUGGGUAUGAUAAAAGUUUACAGUGAUAAGCUAACUUGUGUGUGUGCGUGUGUGUGUGUAUCUUGCUGAAAGUCAGCAAACUGCUAGAAUCAUAUUGCUUGUAACAACCAACAGACUUGUGAAAAAAGUGAUCUUAUCAUAGUGGCCUUGAUGAAAACAAAAUUACCUGAUUAUUAUUUCUUUUGAAGAGGUUCUUAAUACCACUGAUGGCCAAGCUUGCUUUUUGUGUAUUUGCUCUGUCUGCAUAUGAGACUUGUACUUUUCUAAGGGACAAAAGGGAAGAAAGGUUGUCCUUCAAAGCAAGAAUUUAAAAAUGAUGAUCCCUGAACGAGUCAUUGUUUCACUUUCCCUGAUGAUGGGGGCAGUUGAUAACCCCCAAGGGCAUUUGUUGUUUGUUUUCUGGUCAAACAACUGCUUUGUUUUGUUGGUGUGUUUGUGUCAGACGUAGGGAACAAUGGCUUUAGUUUUUCGGCAAACCCCACCCGAGAGUGCAAAAGUCAGUUAAAAAUGAAUUUGACCACUAAAGUGGUUACUUGGCACUGACUCUUUCCAAUUUUACGUGUUUUGUUUAGCUUUUUUAAUAUUGUUUUUUGGUCUUGUUUUUUGACAUGUGGUUAAGCUACAAAAUGAAAUGUAAAAGUUGAAGAAAUACUUACGUUACUUUUUUUUUUUUUUCCAUAGUUCGGAACAUGGACUUGCAUUGUCCAGAGUGGAAGCUAAAUUCCUGACUUGCACGUCAGGAACAAAAUAUUUGGUGUUGAGUUGAGUUGGUUGAGUGGGGAUCUGAAACAUUUAGAAACAAAGUGCAAUAUUAUUUGGAUUUGAUAAACAAACUGUUUUGUCACUGUUGGGUUGUAUAGUUACUCAUCAAUGUUUUGUUUAUUUUAUAUGUUUUUUUAGUUGAAUGUUGAUUGUGUGUAGACUCUGUUACGAGAUGAGCACCUGUUCUGAAUGAUUUGUCUAGCUCUUCCUUGUGUUAAAUAAA